AUGCAGACAGUAUUCUUUUCGGAGUUGUAUACAUCUGAAAUCCGAAAAAUGCUUGAAAGGCUCGUGAAUUACAUCAUCUACAAGGGAACUUUUCUUCCAUUGGUAGUCCCACCAACAAUAUUUCAAGCAGGUCUAUGGUCAACUUGGUUAGCCAUGCUUUGCUUCUUAAAGAUGUUUCAAGCUUUAGCUAGGGAUCGGCUUGAACGCUUGAAUGCUUCACCUUCUGUCACCCCAUGGACAUACUUCCGUGUAUAUUCUGCUUUGUUGCUUGUUUUCUCUGUUGACUUGCUCUGGAUAUUGCUAUGUGUGACAAUCUACAGUGCAAUGCCUUCAUCAAUAUUUUUGUUGUUAUUUUUUGAGCCAUCUAGCAUAGCUUUUGAGACACUGCAGGCCAUUGCGGUCCAUGGGUUUCAGUUGCUGGAUAUAUGGAUGCAUCACUCCGCAGGAGAUGCUGCAAAUUCACAAUUAUCUAAAAUCUUCAAUAUGUCUUCCGCAGGUUCACUGGGGGAAUGGAAAGUCAUGAUUAUUCGGAAUUUUGGAUUUUUCCUUGACAUGAUGACGUUGCUAAUGGCUCUUGCUCACUACCUAUAUAUUUGGUGGCUUCAUGGCAUGGCAUUUCAUCUUGUAGAUGCGGUCCUUUUCCUAAAUAUUCGUGCCCUUCUAAGUGCUAUUGUGAAGCGUGUCAAAGGUUUCGUCAAAUUGCGUAUGGCUUUGGGAACCCUUCAUGGGGCACUUCCUGAUGCCACAUCUGAACAGCUCAAAGCAUAUGAUGAUGAGUGCGCAAUUUGUAGGGAACCGAUGGCAAAAGCUAAGAGGCUGUCAUGUAAUCAUUUAUUCCAUCUCGCAUGUUUGAGAUCUUGGUUGGAUCAAUGUUUAAGUGAGAGUUACUCAUGCCCCACUUGUCGCAAGCCGCUCUUUACAAACAGACCUGAAAGUACUGUGAAUCCAAAUGCUGCAGAUUUGUCUAGAGAUGAGCAACUCGCUCAUCAGAUUAGUACUGCACUCAAUGGGCCAGAUCUUCCCGGUCAUAACCUGCACCCGGGAGUCUUUACCAACCAGCCCCAGAACCUAGAAAUGAGUGAUUGGAGGAGGACGGGUGUAAAUUUAAGCUGGUUGGGUUUAGAUGGAGCUGGCCCAUCUGGAUUAAAUCGUGUUCAGAUGUUAAUGAGGCAACUUGACGUUGGAGAAACUUAUGCACAUAGUACGCUUGAAGAUGCUGCAUGGAGUCUGUUUCCUCCGAACCCAUCUCAGAUUGGUACCUCGAGAACACCUAUCCCUCCCGCUGCCUCAACAAGAUAUCCGGGAGGCACUAGUGGUUUGCAUUUAAGGUCAACAUCUAACGCUGCCAACACCAACUUUGAAAACAUAAUUGCAAUGGCCGAAACAGUCAGAGAAGUGCUGCCCCACGUUCCAGACGAUGUAAUCUUUCAGGAUUUGCAGCUGACAAAUUCUGCGAUGGCGACAGUGAAUAAUCUUUUGCAAAUGUGAUGGAAGCCGCGAGUGAUACUCUUCCUUCUCCAGUGAGCGAUACUCUUCCUUCUCCAGGCCGAAGCAGGUUGAAGCUCGGAAUGCAAACGAUUAUGAGGUUUGUGCAAUAGAAGCUUCUUCCCUCCUCCCUCCCCCUGUGUACAGCAGCUGCACACUAAAACAUCUUUGAGGAAAUGUGCAAAUAAUUAAUUUUGUUAGGAAAAUAAAGCAAAUUCAGUCUAUAUGAAAGGGCUCUGUUGUAUCUCUUUGUAGUUGCCUUUUUUCGUUAUAUUACAUAAUUCUGAGGAAUGUUGUAGUCUUUCUACUCUAUUAUACCUAUUUCAUGAAAUAUGUAACACCUCCAUCUCUAUCUUCUUUUA